AUUCCACCAUCAGUUAGGCUGAAAGGAGCUGUAGCCGACGGUACAUCAUGACAGUACUAUGUAUGUGAAUGGAAUAAAAGCCAAUUGACAAACAGAGCCUGACCUCUGCUCCAUGUCCUUGUUAGGCCAAUGAUUGACUGAUGAGUGAAAUCUAUCUAUUUGUCUCACUGACAUGGCUUAAACGACACAAAACGUAUCCCACUGGUGAGUUUGUAUGCAAUGCUUGACAGUGCCGCAUCAUGGACCUGUACAAAGCAAUGUUGCUAGGCGUCCUUUUCUCUGCAGUCAGUGCGGGUGUCCUGGAUGAAUAUGCAAAAACAGAGGGCGCUCGGAUUAUAUCUGUCUUGAAGAGGGAGUACUCAGUAGGCACCGUCCUAGAAUGUGCCAUCAAGUGUAACGCUGAAACAGCUUUCACUUGCAGGUCCUUUAUAUACAUUGAAAAGGAUCAAGAAUGUAUGACAAUACCAGCAAACACCAAAACAGAGCAAGUUCUGAGAAGAACCAGCACAGCUCUCUACGAAAAGAAAGUGUACUUGAUGGAGUGUGUGAAUGGAAUCGGUAUGGACUACAGAGGGACAAAGUCCAAAACAAAAUCAGGGAAGACAUGCCAGAGAUGGGCAUCAAAAUACCCCCAUAACCCCAACAUGACCCCUUCAACACACCCCAAUGCCGACCUGGAGUCCAACUUCUGUAGAAACCCAGAUGGCGAUAGCGAAGGACCCUGGUGCUACACCAGAGACCCUGAGACCAGGUGGGAGACCUGCAACGUCCAGGACUGCAGCGAGGAAUGUAUGCACUGCAGUGGUGAGGACUACAGGGGAAAGAUCUCUACCACUGAGAAUGGCUACACCUGCCAGCGCUGGAACGCCCAGAAACCUCACAACCAUGGCUACAGUCCCAGCGCUCUUCCUGAGAAGUACCUGGAGGAGGACUACUGUAGGAACCCAGAUGGCGACCCCAGACCCUGGUGCUUCACCACCAGCCCCUCCAAACGCUGGGACUUCUGCUCCAUCCCUCGCUGCACUUCUGAGCCUCCCACGGUGGUGGAGGAGCUCACCUGUAGCACAGGCGACGGCGGUGCCUACAGGGGAACUGUUGCCGUGACAACGUCUGGGAAAGCCUGUCAGGUCUGGGCAGCUCAGACGCCCCAAAAGCACAACAGAACUCCAGACAACUACCCAUGCAAAGGCCUGGACCUGAACUACUGCAGGAACCCAGACAAUGAGAGGAUGCCCUGGUGCUACACUACAGACCCAGAGACACGUUGGGAGUACUGCAAGGUGCCUAGCUGUGGAGACGUUCCUGGACCAGAUGACGCAGCUCCCACUCCAGCUGAGGAAGACUGUUAUGUGGGCAGCGGGAGUGAAUAUCGUGGCAUGGUGACAGAGACGAUCAGUGGGAAGAAAUGCCAGUCCUGGAGCUCGAUGACACCUCACAGUCACAAGAAGACACCUCAGGACUUCCCUAAAGCCGAUUUGAGAAGAAACCUGUGUAGGAACCCUGAUGGCGACCGUGCUCCAUGGUGCUACACCACUGACCCUUCUGUUCGUUGGGAGUACUGCGCUGUGGAGAAAUGCCCAACGGCUCCCAAGCCUACUUCUAAGCCUGACAAACCUGACAAACCCGAUCAGCUCAGACCAGCACCCUCUCAGACACCCUCAGCUGAUUGCAAAGUGGGCAAUGGGGGGACAUACAGGGGUCCUACUUCUAUGACCAUGUUGGGUGUCACAUGUCAGAGGUGGAGCUCCCAAAGCCCCCAUCAGCAUGCCAGUUUCAACCCUGAAUCCCACCCUGACAAAGGCCUGGAGUCCAACAAUUGUAGAAACCCUGACAAUGACGUGAAUGGACCAUGGUGCUACACCACAGACAGAAGCAAAAAAUGGGACUACUGCCAAAUCCCAGAUUGCGCUGGCUUGAAAUGUGGGCAGCCGGUUACAAAACCCAAGAGGUGUUUUGGUCGCAUCGUUGGAGGCUGUGUGUCCAAACCCCACUCAUGGCCCUGGCAGAUCAGCCUGAGGACCAACACUGGUGUUCAUUUCUGUGGGGGAACUCUGAUCGCCCCUCAAUGGGUCCUCACCGCUGCCCACUGCCUGGAGAGAUCAAAGAGGACAUCUGCCUACAAGGUGUUCCUGGGAACCCACACAGAGAGAGCAAAUGAAGCGACCAAGCAGGAGCGUAAUCUGGAGAAACUGAUCCUGGGACCUGACAGGACAGACAUUGCACUGCUGAAGCUACAAACCCCUGCACUCAUAAAUGACAAGGUUUUACCAGCAUGCUUACCCGAGAAGGAUUAUGUGGUACCACCUGGAACAGAGUGCUAUGUGACAGGAUGGGGAGAGACACAAGGAACUGGUGGAGAUGGGCUCCUCAAGGAGACGGGCUUCCCUGUUAUAGAAAAUAAAGUGUGUAAUCGUCCUGCCUACCUGAACAACAGAGUCAAGGACCAUGAGAUGUGUGCUGGGAACAUUGAAGGGGGAACAGACAGCUGUCAGGGUGACAGUGGUGGCCCUCUGGUGUGUCAUGCCCAGAACAGCUUUGUCCUCCAGGGAGUGACAUCCUGGGGUCUGGGCUGUGCCAACGCCUUGAAGCCAGGGGUGUACGCCAGAGUAUCAAAGUUUACGGAUUGGAUUAACAGUCAGAUGAAGAUUAAUUCUUAACUCCCUACUCUCCAUAAUCUGGAGAAAUUUGUCAUUUGAGCCACAAAUCUAGUUUUGUUAAGAAUUGAAAGUACAAAUUAAAUACUUGUGGUAAGUGA